CGCCCGGGGCGAUGGAGGAGGCGCAGCGGCGCGUGCUGCAGCGGUCGCGGCUGCGCCUGGUGCAGGAGCUGCGCGUGGACCCGCUGUGGGAGCUGCUGCUGCACCGAGGGGUCUUCACGCAGGACAUGCUCGAGGAGAUCCAGAGAUCAGGUACUCGCAGAGAUCAAGCCAGGCAGCUGGUCACCGACCUGCAGACUCGUGGGAAGCAAGCGUUCCCAGUCUUCAUCUGGUGCCUGCAAGAAACUGGCCAGACCGAGCUGGCCGCUUUGCUGAGCGAAGGAUACAACCCUCCACCGUUGUGUCCCGUUGAUGUAAAACCAGUUAAACCACCGUUGCGUCCUGGACACCAUGACCCACGCGCUGGAACGUCUGAACAUUUGCCUUCUCCAGUUCAGCACCAAGAGCCGCCCCAUCAUGCUAACGCCACUCCGGGCUCUGAAGGAGAGAGAUCCAGGAGGAAUUCUGAAAUGACGUACACCCUGAAAAGUGACCCCUGUGGAUCCUGCCUCAUUAUCAACAACGUGAAUUUCAGCAAAGAUACAGACUUGGACCGCCGCACUGGUUCCGAUAUAGACUGCGAACGGCUGGAGAAGCGGUUCCGGUCGUUGCAUUUUGACGUCAUGACCCGGCACGAUCUCAAAGCUCACGAGAUCGCUCAUGAGUUGCAGAGCUUGGCGAGGCAGGAUCACACCUCUCGGGACUGCUGCCUGGUGGUGCUUCUUUCACACGGCUGUCAGACGAGCCACAUACAGUUCCCUGGUGGGAUCUUCGGUUCAGACGGGCGGCGCAUUUCGGUGGAAAAGAUCGUCAGCUUCUUCAACGGGAACAAUUGCCCCACCCUGAGGGGCAAACCCAAGCUUUUCUUCAUCCAGGCCUGUGGCGGCGAGCAAAAGGACCGCGGCUUUGAAGUGGAUUCUGACUCUCCCCGCAUGCAGCAUCGCAGUUUUAAUGCCGAGUCAGACGCGCGCCCCUUCCAGGCGCCCUCGGAAGCCACGGAUGAGCCAGACGCCGUUGCGAGCUUGCCCACCCCAAGUGACAUCCUGGUGUCUUACUCCACGUUUCCAGGUUUUGUGUCCUGGAGGGAUAAAUUGACCGGCUCCUGGUAUGUUGAAACCCUGGACCAGGUGCUGGACCAGUACGCGCGUUCUGAAGAUCUGCUCAGCAUGCUGGUAAGGGUGGCACACACCGUUUCUGCAAAAGGGAUGUACAAGCAAAUGCCCGGCUGUUUUAACUUCCUCCGUAAACAAUUCUUUUUCCUGGUCAAAUGAAGGAAGCUUGGAAGGGAACGGAUGCCUGUGUGACGAGAAUCUUUACAUCCCGUGAUGGCUUCCAAAGAGCUUGCCGUCCCUCUGCGUGAAGAUGUCUGCGUGAUUUUGUUUUGGGGUGAUUGUAUGUCAUUGUGGGGGCUGAGGGUUCACAGCUUCGAAAGACUUCCCUCUCCUUUCUUGGGGAAAUGUGAAACUCCGCUUUCCUAUCCUAAACCAUCUGGUGGUACUUGGAAGAAUCCUGCAUAGAGUUCCAAGCAUUCCAGGUUCCCCUAAGGAGGAAACCAGGGGCUGUUUCUUUUUCUCCCCCCCCCCCCCCCCUUGGAGAUUCUCUCCAAAGAAUGUCUAAUUUCUUCACUGUACUUUUUAAUGAUGUCCUUCCAGUACCUCGCUGGUGCUACCAGUUUAAACCUGCUGCAACCUAGUUUAAUGGUUAUGACUACCUUUUCCUUUGCCUUCCUGUGUUGAGGAGUGCAACUCUUGGGAAGGGGUUCCAAACAGCCUCGUAAAACAGCUGUUUUCCCUCCCGAAACUGCUCGGUGGAAGCCAAGCCCAAACCGGUAGCACUGAUUGAUCCUGCGUUUUGUCGGGGCAAGAUAAGCAGACAUUCUCUGAGCAGCUGCUGUGUCAUCGUGCCAUUAAAUCUUCUAUAUUUCUAUGCAA